AUGCGUGUCCUUCUUACCGGCGGCACAGGCAAGACCUCAGUACGCUUGGCCCGCUUUCUUCAAAAUGAGAACAUUCCCUUUUUGCUGGCCUCUCGUCGGGGCCCCUCCGCAGCCCCUUCCGGCAUGCCAGCUGUCAAGUUUGACUGGCUGGACCAGUCCACCUGGAAGGAGCCCUUUCAAUACCGAUUUUCUGGGGGCGGAACCAUCUCAGCCAUCUAUCUCAUGGAGCCUCUGGUCGACGAGCCCUGGAAGCCCAUGAAUGACUCCACUGAACUGUCGCACCCGGGCAUGGGGAUGGUGUGGCAGCACUUCCUGGACACUAGAUUUGACUACUGUGUGCUUCGGCCCAGUUGGUUUAUAGAAAAUCUAUCCGAUGAAGCUCCAAGUAUUGUCAUCCGUGAUCACAACAAAAUCUUUUCGGCCUGCGGCGAUGGGAGAAUUCCCUUUGUGAGUGCCAUUGAUAUCGCCGCGGUUGCAUUCAGGGCCAUUACCGACCUCCAGUCACACAAUUGUGACUACCGCGUCCUAGGACCAGAGUUGCUGACCUACGACGAGGUAGCCGAGAGACUGUCUGCCGCGCUGGGGCGUCCUAUUGAGCAUGUGAAGCUGUCUGGAGACCAGCGGUACGAAGCUUUGGUCAGCUUUGGAGUCUCUGACUACUAUGCUCGGCUCCUGACUCGCCUGGAGACUGCGGCAUCAACUGGAUUUGAAACUCGCAUGAACGAUGACGUAGAGAGGGUGACUGGACGGGCCCCCAGGAGCUUUGAUCUUUUUGCGCACGAGAACAGAGAGGCAUGGAACUCAGUCAGUGAAUGA